CUAUAUAAGUCAUGUUAUCAAGGUUUUCGUGUAACACCGGUUUUGAUAAGACUUGUAAAAUCAAGGUUUAAAUUAUUUUCAAUUGCGCAAAAUGGAUGUGUUGUUAGCAUUUUUUUAUCUUCAACUCACUAUAGGUUUUGUCAGUGGAACUUCUUGUACAGAUGGUUUUGAGGUACACAGGGGGUCAUGCUACUUUUUUAGCCACGGAAAAGAGGCAUGGGAAGCUGCACAUCAAUCGUGUAAACUCUUUGGUGCUAUGCUUGUCGAAGUCGAUUCAUGGGACGAGCAAAAUUAUAUCUCUGAAAAGGCAAGAAUUCUAGGAGACUAUUUCUGGAUAGGACUAACAGACAAACUAAUAGAAGGAGAAUAUAUGUGGACGACAAGCCAGCAAUUAGUUACCUUCUCAAACUGGGGACCAGGAGAACCUGAUGGACAUGAUCACGAAAACUGUGUUCUCAUUGACAGUCCCAAUGACUACAGGUGGGCAGAUGUCAGGUGUGACAGGCCUGAACAUUACAUCUGUGAGAAAAGUGGCGGUGGCAGUAUUGUAGGCUGAAUGUCAUUGAAGCUAUUAAAUAAAUCAACGAUUUCAAGGUU